UUGCUCCAUUUAUGGACAACAACAGUUAACCCACCCAAAUUCUUAAACCCUAGUUCGACCCGUCGACGAAACCUUAAACCCUAAUUCCACCCGCAACGAAUUUGCCCGUGAACGUCUGUCUUCCUACACUCCACACCCUUCUCUCUCUCUACACAUACUUUUUUAAUGGCGGGUAUGGAUAUUGAUGGCAACGUUGAAGAGGCUGCAAGGCGUGUACAGGUCCGGUUCGUCACGAAGUUGAAAGCACCCUUUAAGGCUCCGCCUACUUCCAUUGCUAUUCCCUCUAAUCUUACCCGAUUGGGCCUCUCUUCCAUCGUCAACAACCUCCUUAAAGCCGGAAAGGAUGAUUGGAAUCCCGAGCCUUUUGAUUUUCUCAUUGAUGGGGAACUGGUCCGCAUGUCACUUGAAGAGUUUCUCCUUGCCAAGGGCAUUUCAGCUGAGAAAAUAUUGGAGAUUGAGUACAUUAGAGCUGUGGCUCCGAGGAAAGAAGAAGAGCCAUCUUUGCAUGAUGAUUGGGUCAGUGCAGUUGAUGGUUCUAAUUCCAAGUUUGUUUUGACUGGAUGUUAUGAUGGCUUUGGAAGAAUAUGGAAGGCUGCCGGAUCUUGUACACAUCUACUGGAGGGCCAUACUGAUGCAAUUACUUCUGUUUGUGUUGUCAAACCAAGAGUGGCUCAAAAUGGUGCUGAUCAAAUAGUCGCUACGGCUUCCAAGGAUAGGACACUGCGUCUCUGGAAGUUUGAUGCAGAUGAGUCUUCCGAUCAGAUAAAGAGGAUUAGAGCCUUUAAGAUUUUACAUGGACAUAAUGCUUCUGUCCAGAGUGUUGCAGCAAAUCCUGCUGGAGAUAUGGUGUGUUCAGGGUCCUGGGAUUCUCAAAUAGCUUUGUGGCAAGCAAGUGGCUCAGAUACAGGUGACGUCGUUUCAGUCAAGAAAAGGAAGAAGAAUGCCGAUGAGGAGGAUCCUCAAGUAGAAGAGGAGGCUAAAUCUACACUUGUAGGACAUACACAAUGUGUGUCGUCUGUGGUGUGGUCACAAGAUGAAACAAUUUAUUCAGCAUCAUGGGAUCACACUAUAAGAAGAUGGGAUGUUGAGAUGGGCAAGGACUCAUUGAACCUGUAUUGCGACAAAGUUGUUAAUUGCCUUGAUGUUGGAGGUGAAGGUUCUUCCCUCAUUGCUGGUGGUGGUUCUGACCCCGUUCUUAGGAUAUGGGAUCCUCGCAAACCAGGUUCUUCGGCUCCUGUCUAUCAGUUCUCAUCACACAGUUCUUGGAUAUCCGCCUGCAAAUGGCAUGAAAAGUCAUGGUUUCACUUGGUUUCUGCAUCUUAUGAUGGGAAAGUAAUGUUAUGGGACUUAAGAACUGCGUGGCCCCUUGCUGUCAUUGAUACUCACAAGGACAAGGUAUUGUGUGCGGAUUGGUGGAAAGGUGAAAGUGUAAUCAGUGGUGGGGCUGACUCGAAGCUUUGCAUCUCUUCCGAUGUUUGUGUGUUGUGAUUAGAGAAGUUGUAUUCUUGGCACGGGUGACAAGUUUUGCCUAGGGAGAAUCGGUUGGGUCAAGCUGGAGUUGGAAAUGGUUUGUAUUUUAUAUUCCUGCAAGGCUAAAAUGAAUUGAAGCUCAUUUUUUGGGUGCCUAGUGAGUUUGCAAUACAAAUAUAUCCCAAGAGAAUUUUCAAAGGAUCUUAUACGGUCACCUAGAACUGUAUUUUAUUUCAGCAACCAUUCGUACCAAUUUAUCUGGAAGUAACUAUAUGAUUAUCAAAAUUUUAUUUUAGAG